GAGGGUUGCAUGGAGAGAGACGGAGUUGCAAGUUGAUAUGCAAGUGUGGGAUGAAUGCCAAGGGGCCACGCAACACAGCCACAGGAAGGCGGUCCCUGUGGUCCGGAUCCCCAAGCGAAGAAGGCACGGCGAGCUCUUGCGGCGCGAUUGUGUAUGGGAGGGCAUCGCUCACACCGCUUCCGACCCCAUGCAGGUGGACCCCGGGGGYUGGAUGUUCGGAGAGACAUCCGUGAAGGAUAAAGGAGCGGUUACACAGAACCCUAACCGCAGGGAAAAGGAAGCGGAGAGCGCAUGAGGCCCAGAAGGGCAAGGGACCCGGCCAGCUGCUGCAGAGGAAGUCCGGCAGGCUCAAGCAGGGACGCCCGUGGAGGUCCGGAUGYCGGUUGAACAGGAGGAGGGGCCAGGGCACGGGCAGGAGAAGGAAGGUUCGAUGGGUUUUGGUAUGCCCAGGGAAAGAGAAGGAGAGGCUGAAGUCAGCCGGGCGGAUGCAGUGGAGGAGGUGGGAGAUAAUUGCGCAGGCAAAGAAGUGGAUAAAGCAUUGGCGCAUACGCUCAUACCGCCCGAACUGCAUCAGCAUGUCAAGGCAGAGCCGGCGGCAGAGGCGGACGGCCAGGGAAGUAUGGAGGUCCGGAUGUCGGCCGAACAGGAGGAGGGGCCAGGGUAUGGGCAGAUGAAGGAAGGGUCGAUGGGUUUUGGUAUGCCCCGGGAAAGAGCAGGAGCGGCUGGAUUCAGUCGGGCGGAUGUAGUAGAGGAGGUGGGAGAUAAUCGCGCAGGCAAAGAAGCAGAUAAAGCCUCGGUGCAUACGCCCAUCCCGCCCGAACUGCAUCAGCACGUCAAGGUAGAACCGGCGGUAGAGGCGGAUGGCCAGGGAAGCACGGCCAAGGAGAUGAGUAAUGCUCACCCAGGGGGGAAGACCGGACUGCCAGGCCUACGAGAAAGGGAGAAUGGGUGGAUAGUGGAAAGCCAGUCGGAGCAAGGAACACAGGAGGCCCUCCCCGAGCUGCGGCGGCCAGAGCGAGAACCACACAUGUACCUUAGAAGAGUUAAGCAAGUGGUCCCAGGGCUGGCCCAGAGCUCGUCAGCAGAAUGCAUUCCAGUGCCGACCUACUCUUCUGAAUCAAACGCGUCCACCAAGAACAAGCGGGCGGUCCAGCCGGAACCGGAUUGGAGUCAUCCUCAGAACAUGGCGCAAGUGAAGGACGGAUCACCUCACGCUCGCCAGGAGGAGAGUCCCGAGCUGCAGACCAGUGAGACCUUAGACCAGGACGAGCCGGAAGGCGGGCAGGAGCUGCAAAUAACACAAGGCAAGGAGGGGGAUGGAACCAAGGACAACCAGCAGCAGGGUGAAUCGGAAAUCAAGGGAGAGGAGAACGAGAUCCCUCCGCAGACCUGCCUGCAGCCGAACAGGGGGCGGAACGAUCAAGACGCCCUCGGGGCACGGGAGCGAAUGUACGGGGUAGGGUUUCAUGUUGAUGAAGAGGCGGAAGCACCGUUAUGUGCAUCGGCAGUGAAUGCACGAAGGGAGACAGUCACUUUUGAUUUAUCAGAAGUUUUGAAGGCGGGCGAAGUGUAUAUCUGCCCGCUAGUGUUGUGGUGGUCUCCGGAAGGAGUGAAACUGCUGAUGAAAGGCAAGAUCAACGUACCAGUGUUUAAAGUCUCUGCUCUUCCACAGGUCCCCGAAGUAAUAGAGCAAGCUCGCAAAUGGUUGGGACCAGGGUAUGACCUUGCUGAGCUACCGCACAUAUCUGCCUCACGUUUCAUCCGACAAACUGAUAAGGUCGCCGAUUACGCUAUCAUGACUUUCUUCCUGACAGCGACCCCGGUAAAAGCAGGACGGCCCUGUAUGCGGUUGCGAGGUGCACGUUGGGUGGACUUCACGGAGAUUCAGGGACCUGCGGCACACCCAAGGGAUUUCCACGUUAUUUACCAGGCUUCGCUGGGCAUCCUAGAACGCAUAGAGGCUAAGCUCCCGGAGGAGGAGCGCUUCAGCUCCCAUCACUUCAAGGAGGGUAAAGGGACACGAUCCCUCCUGCCGAAGCGCAGGGAGUUGAGAAGGUUGGUGACAGCACACCAGAUUGACGUUGUGUGCAUCCAAGAGACCAAGUUAAGCGCCUCCAAGAUCGCAACCCCCCCGAUUUGGUGGAAGGGGCCUCAAGUGUGGGCGCCGGCCCAAGGUACGUGCGGAGGGGUCGCGAUCCUCGUCUCCCCCUGUUUUAAAGGGACUGUCGUGGAUUGGUUCUUUGACACAAGGGGGUAUUGGKCCUGGAUGGUAUUGAAACGGGAAGAAGACACUUGGGCUGUCCUGACUGUGUACGGCCCGUCCAACCUCGGGGAUAGGAGGCGCAUGUGGGAGCAGCUGGUCAACAUCACGCCACAGGCGGACAAUGUCAUCAUCGCAGGGGAUUUCAAUACCGUUAUGUCACCAGACAUGGAUGCUGCUACGCCACGGCAAGAGGAAUCAGACUCUGUCGCCCUGCGCACAAGCAUGGCCUCACUAGGGUGCGGUGACUCAUUUCGUGCUCUGCACCCGGACCUCAGGGAAUAUUCAUAUGUAGGCAGCAACCCGGGGAGACAAAGCCGGAUUGAUUUGAUUUGGGCCACAGAGCAAUUGAAUCAGCGAUGUGAAAAGAUCUGCAUGCUGCCUACAGCGACUUCGGACCAUGCGGCCGUGCUGGCCUCAUAUGCAAUAGGUAAAAUGGAGACGGGAAGACCGCCAGCGUCGGUUCCAGCGUGGGUGUUCUCUUGCCCAGAGUAUCGGCCAGCCAUUCAGCAAUUCUGGGCAGACUGGGUUGAGCAAUCACCCCACGAAGAGUAUCUCCCACGGCUCCUUGAGGCUCUCGCCGCCCUUCGAAGUAUACUGCUGUCGAAAUUGCGAGUGCAGCGCAUGGCACAUCAACGAACCGGACAAGAAUACGUGGAAAGACUGCUCACGUUGGACAAAGGGCCUGGAGACACCGACGAAGACGAGUGGUGGGCGGAGCGUGCGGAAGUAGCAUGGCAAUGGAAGGAAUGGCAGGUGGAGGACGCGGCCUGUUGGGGGCAGAGGAGCAAGGAGGCGUGGAUGGUGGUGGGAGAGAAGAUGGCCAGACGUUUUUUUGCCGAACUAAAAAAGAAGAAAGCCUCCACUACCAUGACUGCAAUGACGCACCCGUUUGACCCAAUUGUAGGCAGACAGGACACUACACGGGGCAUACUCAAAUGUGUCACUGAUUAUUAUAAGGACCUGUUUACUGAGGAAGAGCUCUGGUCCCCAGACGCUAUGGCAACUCAGCCACAGGAAGAGGUGUGGCAGCAUGUUCAGACCCGGCUAGACCUGGAUAGCACCUGCCGGCUGGAUCAGGACAUUUCUGCGGAAGA